GAGUGCCAUUUUGUGAGAGAGUGGAGUGAAACACGUAAGGGAGUGUUGUGAGGUCAUUUUAUUCUUCUGUUUCUAACAUUCGUUGAAGGUUUCAAUCAUGUCAAGCGGUGAUGACAAAUCAACCACUGGAAGACACCCUGUGGAUGAAUCUCUCAUGCUCAAAGCAAUGCAACAACAAUUUCAGAGGCUAAACAUCAUGUUUGGUGAGAUUAGAGACAGAAUGAAGAAGCAAGAUGCAACUAUAGCCAAUUUAUACCAAAUACAGAAUGGAAGUCUGAAUUUGUGUAGGAAUGACACUAAUGAUGAUAUCAAUGACGAUUAUGAAGAUGCAUUCAACAAUGAUGCCCAGAACUCAAAUUUCAGUAUGGACAGAUUUAUGAGAGGUAGAGGGGAUCAAAAAGGUAGGUUUAAUCGAAGAGAGCAAAAUCUGACGAAGUGGGGAGAUCGGCAAGAUCAUGACUUAGGUAGCAUCAAGAUGAAGAUUCUUCCGCUUCAAGGCAAAAAUGAUCUAGAUGUGUAUUUGGAGUGGGAAAAGAAGGUGGAAUUGGUGUUUGAUUGCCAUAACUAUUUUGAGGAAAAAAAGGUGAAACUAACAGCGGUGGAAUUUACUGAUUACGUUGUGGACAGAAAAGCAACUAUGGCAUGGUUUCUAGAUGGCUUAAAUUGUGAUAUAGCUAAUGUGGUGGAGCUGUGAUGCACCAAAUACGCACUACUUUUAGGCAAGUGAACCUAAUCAAUUAUGCAGUAUAAGAUGAGUAAGAUAUCGUUCCCUCGAGGACUAUCCUACACUACCAAGACCCUAUUAAUCUAACCUAAGUUGAAUUAACCAAUUAAUGAGGAAAACUAAACUAUUUAAAAGAAAACUAAGUCAACUAAAGAAAAUUAAACUAAAGAAUUUUCU